AUGUCAUUAAAUUCAGAUCAUCACUCUAUUGAACCAGAUGAUGAAAUCUAGAUGCACUUACUGCCACCAGAAGAGAAGCAAGAAGUUGAACUGAUUCAUGAUCUUCAAUAUUCCUAGCUGAGCAGUAGCAAUAGGAAUUAACUUAACCUUGCUUUCUCUAUUUCAUUCGUCUAAGAAGUUGCGAGAAUCUUAGCGAGCAUGUACUUCACCUUUUACGCUUUACUUUCGAUCCCCCUUAUGGUCAUUUACAUAGUUUAGCUUACUCAAACCAGUCUUAAAGGUGAAGACUUAACUGAGGUAGACCACUAAAUGCUGACUUUCAUCAGAGCUGGAAUGUUCUUCGUGUCUGCUGCUUUCUUCAAUUACACUGUGCAUAUGUUUGUCAUCACUUAGAUGAGAGUGAGAAGGAAACUAUACUUUGCUGUGUUCUUCAUAAUAUUGAUUGCUAUCAAGGUACUCUAUAAUGUAUGGGCUAUUGAAGGCAUUGUAUUAUACAUGGGAGACAUGAAGACUUACUCAUCUGACAUUAAUUUUCAUGUGUUUUCCUAUGGGAUUACCUUUUUGUCGUUGAUUAAUCUGAUGGACAUUAUAAGACAAGGAUCCAUACUGUUAUUUGCAAUAGUUUUUCAUAUUACUUGUAAGAUCAAAGCAAGGAAGUACAGACGGAGAGUGGUCGGAGAUCCAACACUUUUAGAGGAAUCUGGCUUAGGAAAUGGCUUCUUGAAAGAUGCUGAAAGCAUGUAUAGAUACUUUGCAGUAAAAGAUAUGUAUGAAAAGAAAUAGGUUAGCAAGGUCUUUAAAGUUGUGAAAUUAGUAGGGGGUUUAAGAAAGUCAUUAAAGGAAGUAUAGAACGAGAAUGUGUGUCCAAUAUGCUGUGAUUAUAUGGACAUUGCUGUUUAAAUGCCUUGUGAUUUAAGGCAUGUGUAUCAUUAAGAAUGCAUUUAGCAGUGGCUACAAAAACAUCGUGAAUGCCCUCUUUGUAAAGUGAGAGUUAUCUGA